CUGAAUAAUCAUAUGCAAACGGUACCUAUAAUUAAAAAUAAUUGCCUAAUGAUCCUGAACAAUAUUAAUUAUAAAUCAAAAUUAGAGAUAUUAGGACAUUUUAUAAUACAUAAAUAAGCAAAUUUAUUUAAAAUAUGGUAAAAAUAUCAUUAACUUUAAAAAAGCAUCCUAUAGAAAAUCGAAAAAGUGUACUAAAAGAUUACAUGAUAGUAGCAAAUAAAUGGUUACGUUAAUUAAAGAAUAAAUAAAAAGGAAAUAAUUUAUUUUAAGGAAUAUGUGUUCCUUUUAGAAAAGAAAUGACAUCCCAAUUUAACUCAAAUUUCAUUGUACGUAUCAUAGAAAACGAGUUUACGUGUUUUAAUACAAAAAUGAGAGUUCUUUAUAGAGUUGUAGUAGAAACAGUGGAUAUUAAAGAUUUUGAUACUUUUAAAAAGAAAAAAAAUGAUACUAAUGAAUUAGAUGAGACUCAAAGUAGUAUUAAUAAUGAUGAUUUUGUAGUUGAAGAAGAAAUAGAUGAUAAUUUCGAAUAGAUAUAGUAGAAUACUAAGGAAGAAAAGAUAAAUAAAUACCAAAAUUUCGAUAAAUGGGCGAAAUAAUAGGAAGAAGAAGAAGAAAAUAUAAAUAAAAUAGUACAAGAGGUUAAAAAAGGUCUUACAUUUAAAUCUUUAAUUAAUAAAACUGAAAACUAGACCUCUAUAUAGAAUUUUCACAACCUUUUUUUAAGAAAAUAAUCUAGUUUAUAAAUUUAAGAAUAAUUAAUAAAACACGAGAAAAAGAAAAUACAUAUAUAAUAAACAAUUAUAGACCCUUAAAGAAAGAUAAUAUAUGAAAAUAACUUAAAAAGAUUCAAUAUUUAUUUCAAGCCUAAAAAAAGAAAUACUAGAAGACAUUCUGUAUAUAAAGAAAUAAAUAUAGAGGAAUAAAAGAGAGAUAUAAAAUAAGAAAAUAAAAAAAAGAGUGUAAAAUUAAAAGACUUAAAAAUAAAAGAUGUACUCGAAUUUUUCCAUAAAAUAAUGAAAGAAUUCCCUUCGAAAAAAAAACAUAUUUAAAUGAUUUAUAGAUAUCUACAUUAUGAUAUUAUUGAGUAGAAAAUACUGACUAAAGCAGACGAUAAUAUAGGGAAAAACCAAAAAAUGAACACAGUAGAAUUCCCGAGGAAAUUUGGACCUUGGGAGGAUAUAUGGGAAGAUAAAAUGGAGGUUAUCAGGCAAAACUCGCCCUUUUCUCACUUUGAAAGUUACUAAAUUAGAUCUGUUAUAUUCAAAGGAGGGGACGAUUUAAGGUAAGAGCUAUUAGCUAUGUAGUUAAUAUGUAAAUUUUAAGCUAUUUUUUAAAAAGCAGGUCUUCCUUUAUGGUUAAGGCCUUAUGAAAUUAUAGCAACUUCAGCAAGUUCAGGAAUUUUGGAAUUUUUACCAAAUACACUUUCGAUUGAUGGGUUAAAAAAAAAAGUGGCAAAUUUUACGAAUUUAAUGGAUUUUUAUUAAGAGUGUUUUGGAGAGGGAUUUGAGAAAGCCUAAAAGAACUUUAUUGAUAGUCUAGCAGGGUAUUCGGUUGUAUGUUAUUUAUUGUAGUUUAAAGAUAGGCAUAAUGGAAAUAUUUUAAUUGAUAAUAAAGGUUAUUUAAUUCAUAUUGAUUAUGGGUUUAUGUUCAGUAUAUCACCAGGUGGGAUUAAUUUUGAAAAUGCACCAUUUAAAUUGACAAAAGAAUAUGUUUAACUUAUGGGAGGAAAAAAUUCGGAUUUAUUUAAAUAUUUUAAAAAUAUCGUUUUUAUGGGAUUCUAAGAAUUGUAAAAAUAUGUAGAUGAAAUUGUCUUUUUAGUUGAAAUUAUGAUGGAAUAGUCGGAUUUGCCGUGUUUUUACAAAUUUGAUAUUGGUACUUUUAGGGAAAGAUUUAAGGAAAAUUUAGAUUAGAAAGCUUUAAUAGAUUAUUCAAAUAAAUUAGUGGAAGAUAGUUAUGAUAAUUGGAGAACUAAAUAAUAUGAUAAUUUUUAGAAAAUGACUAAUGGAAUUAUGCCUUGAAAAUUAAUGACAUUUUUUAUUUUUUAUAGAUGAUAAAUAUUUUUUAUAUAU